GGCAACAGUGUAGAAUGCGCCCAUGGUUUUGUUGUGAACUGGGAUCUGGAAUGUUGUUAGCGAAUGCGUGAAUAUACUAACAUCAGUAGGCGUUGACGACCCACACCAUUUACACCUCUGACAAUAUCAUGGAACGGCAUCUAACGGUGACCAAACCCAGCCGGAGCGACGAAGUUUUAGACGAAGAUGAGCAGCUGCGAAUCGCCAACCAGGUCAAAUCCCUGUUCGAUGCUCAAGCACCUAAAAGACUUGCCAAACCUAACCGCAGUGAACCUGAUUCAGUUACCCCCAUUUCCCCUUUAGAAGAUUUCCCUAUUCCAGAGCUUGACAAUCUCCGAUCUCUUCAAUCUCAGGGUGGUAGUAUUUUAUCGGAAACUAAUUGCUCGGAGCAAGACGAGUUUGUGGCAACUCAGUACUACAAUGAGUUGGUUUCCAUUGACAAACAGCAUCACACGACUGGAAGUGGGUUCAUAAAGGUGGUCAAUCAAACGAAUGGAAACAUUUACAAUCUUCAAUUGAAUGGUGGUCAUGAGAAUGGUAGAGCGAAAGAAUUCAAGACUAAUCCGGCGACAAACGACUGGAUUCCCAGCAGUGAUGAUUAUCAGGUUGGAUUCACCUCCUCAAAACCCAGCCGGAGCGAAAGUGAUUAGAUCGAAAGUCAAGAAAGCAAUCAGAUGGUGAAGGUGGUUUGUUCUGUUUUCCUGAAUUUGUUUCUUAAUCUUGACUGAUUGGAGAGACAAAUGACAGAUGGUGAUUGAGGGUAGUCGAGUGCUUUUUAGUAGUAUAUAAUUUAGGUUAGGUAUUGCCUAGUUUCUUUUUCUCCCAUGUGUAGUAAUAAUUGUGCUACCCUUAUUUUGUACCUAUUGUUAUUUUGUUGUCUUUUUUUUUUGUCUUAUUUACUGUUACUUUAGUUGACGGUCUAUCGAAAAUAGUCUAAAUUUGUGUGGUCUUUUCAAACUUCACUCGUGGAAUUAUGUAUGUUAUUUGAGUAGUAUUUCUAAUAGUAUCUACUAUUAGGACUAAUUUCUAGUUGGCGAGGACGUCCCUGAAUGUUUUUGUGGCUGGCUAAUAAAAUAGUGCUUUAUCUUGUUGGUUAAUUAAA